CGUAGGGGGCGUCGAUUGGGAGCGCGAGCGCGAGCCCGCGCACGCGUGAUUCCCGCCUUGUGCAGGUCUCUCUUGGCGGCGGCUGAGUGGAGCGGUGACCACCAUGUCGGGCUGGGAAUCGUAUUACAAAACCGAGGGUGAUGAAGACGUGGAGGAAGAGGAGGAGAGCCCCGAAGCGAGCGGAGAAUACAAAUACUCAGGAAGAGACAGUUUGAUUUUUUUGGUUGAUGCUUCUAGGGCUAUGUUUGAAUCUCAGAGUGAAGAUGAACUGACUCCUUUUGAUAUGAGCAUUCAGUGUAUCCAGAGUGUUUACACCAGUAAGAUUAUAAGCAGUGAUCGUGACCUCUUGGCAGUGGUGUUCUACGGUACCAAGAAAGAUAAAAAUUCAGUGAAUUUCAAGAAUAUUUAUGUCUUACAAGACUUGGAUAACCCAGGUGCUAAGCGCAUGCUGGAGCUUGACCGGUUUAAGGGGCAGGAGGGAAAAGAACAUUUUCAAGACCUCAUUGGCCAUGGAUCUGAAUACUCAUUAAGUGAAGUACUGUGGGUCUGUGCCAACCUCUUCAGCGAUGUGCAGGUCAAGAUGAGCCACAAGAGGAUCAUGCUGUUCACCAAUGAAGACGACCCUCACGGCGAUGACAGUGCCAAAGCCAGCCGGGCCAGGACCAAAGCCAGUGAUCUCCGGGACACAGGUAUCUACCUCGACUUGAUGCACCUGAAGAAACGAGGGGGCUUUGACAUAUCUUUAUUCUACAGAGAUAUCAUCAGCGUUGCAGAGGAUGAGGAGCUCGGGGUUUACUUUGAGGAAUCCAGCAAGCUAGAAGACUUGCUGAGGAAGGUCCGUGCCAAGGAGACGAGAAAGCGAGUGCUCAGCAGGUUGAAGUUUAAGCUCAACAAAGAUGUAGCAUUUUCUGUGGGCAUUUAUAAUAUGGUCCAGAAGGCUACCAAGCCUCUGCCAGUGAGGCUGUAUCGGGAGACAAAUGAACCAGUGAAAACCAAGACCCGGACAUUUAAUGUCAACACAGGCAGCUUGCUUCUGCCCAGUGACACCAAGAGGUCUCAGAUCUAUGGGAGUCGUCAGAUUGUACUGGAGAAAGAGGAAACAGAAGAGCUGAAGCGGUUUGAUGAACCAGGUUUGAUUCUCAUUGGGUUCAAGCCCUUGGCACUGCUGAAGAAGCACCACUUCUUGAGGCCCUCCCUGUUUGUGUACCCUGAGGAGUCCAUGGUAAAUGGCAGCUCGACGCUGUUCAGCGCUCUGCUCACCAAGUGCCUGGAGAAGGAGGUCCUAGCGGUGUGCAGAUACACUCCUCGCAAGAACGUCCCCCCGUACUUUGUGGCUCUGGUGCCACAAGAAGAGGAAGUGGAUGACCAGAAGAUCCAGUUGACUCCUCCAGGCUUCCAGCUCGUCUUCCUGCCCUAUGCCGAUGACAAACGGAAGGUGCCCUUUACCGACAGAGUCCUGGCCAACCCGGAGCAGGUGGACAAGAUGAAGGCGAUUGUUCAGAAGCUCCGUUUCAGAUACCGAAGUGACAGCUUUGAGAACCCAGUGUUGCAGCAGCACUUCAGAAACCUGGAGGCCUUGGCUUUGGACUUGAUGGAGCCUGAGCAAGCCCCAGAUCUGACAUUGCCCAAGGUUGAAGCAAUGAGUAAAAGACUGGGAUCCCUGGUAGAUGAGUUUAAGGAACUUGUCUACCCACCGGAUUACAAUCCUGAAGGAAGAGCUACCGGGAGAAAACAAGAUGAUGAAGGUUCUAGAAGCAAAAGGCCCAGGGUGGAAUUAUCUGAUGAGGAACUGAGGGCCCACGUCAGCAAGGGCACGCUGGGCAAGCUGACUGUGCCUGUGCUGAAGGAGGCCUGCAGGGCACGCGGGCUGAAGGGAGGGCUGAAGAAGCAGGAGCUGCUGGACUCACUCACCAGGCACUUCCAGGACUGACCGGGGCCCCUGGUCCUGCCGCUGGCUCUGCCCUCGUCAAGGUCAGCAGUGUUCUUCCUGAGCUACCACGAGUCCGCCUGAGCAGCUGAGGGACUUGACACUCGGAGCCCGGGCUGCCGUGGAGGCUGUGUAGCCUUGCUUUGCCGUGCCUUACUAUGCUGCCUGAAUAAAGAGCGCGGACUUUGUGGUUUACUGUUCUCUGGUGUG